UUGCCCGGAGAAAGGCAUCUUGCAGUCUGUGACCAAACUACAUUGGAUUUCAAUCUGGACUUUAUUUUCUCGUUGGAUUUUCCUCACGUUUAUUCCUGUUUUAUUUCACUAACAUUAGAUUGCAUAAUAUAUCUAGAAAUGAAUUCAAACGAAUGUCUUUGCGCAUUGGAAAAGUUCUUGAGCAUCUUACGGACAUUUGUAAAAGGCAAGUUAUUUCUUUGGUUGGCUGUGGUUCUACUGCCUUCUCUAACGUACGCAGACAGGAUGGCGGUGUACCCGUGUGUCGACUUCCAGGCCAUUCGAUGGGUCAGGGACGCCACCUACUGCGACCAGUACUACAUCUGCCACUUUGGCCAGCCCAUGUCCAUGCCCUCCUGCCCCGUGGGUCAGGUCUGGAGUAACCUGGCCUUGAACUGUGUGCCCGUCCACUCACGCUGGGACGACUGCUCCCACCCCCCAGUCCCCACCCAACAAGUUGACCCCACCAUUAAAGUUAAGACACAGCUGGAGGGCGUGGAGCUACCCACGUACCGGGUCAAUAACCUUCUGCUGCCUGGCAAGGACGUAGUGGUCAGCACCAGUAGACCGAAGAGCAGCAAACAGCGAGUGGUCAAGCAGGAAGACACGAGGGUCAACACCACGACGACACAGGUUCCAAUCCGUGUGAUCUCACUCAAGCAGAACAGCAUCCCGCUUGUUCAGAGGCUGGAAGUGUCUGAGAGCAAGGAGACUGGCACCAAGAACAAUUACCGUGCCGGCUCACCCACCCAGAGGCGCAGGAACGAGGACAAACCAGACCGACGUGAAAAACAACUUAGGUACACCUCAGCGCCCCCACAAACCACAACCCCCACCUCCACCCCUGCCCCGACAGUCAGGUCGACCAGGGCGCCGAUAAGGGCGCCGACAAGGUCAUCAUUUUACCCGGCAGACACCCGACAACACAACAGACGCCAGCAACAAGAAAACAGCAGCAUGGUACCCAGUACACUGGAGGCCAAGCUUCGCCACUUGGACAUCGAUAGAAAUCACCCGUGCCUACGGAACCCCGGCGCCCUGUUCCCCCACCCCGAGAACUGCCACUGGUACAUCAACUGCAGCCUGGCCAACCUGGAGGACGAGCAGACGACCGUGGGGCAGGAGGAGGGGGAGGACACGACUGACGACACGGGGGAGGGCUUCUACCUCCUCCAGCCUUUCCGUGUCCGGAGCGAGGGCGUCUUCGUCUGGGAGUGUCGCUUCCCCCAGCUCUUCGAUGACGUCACCAACAAGUGCCGGGAGUUUGUCAACGUCAACUGCAAGUCAAGAUUUGAGCCGGUCGACCAAUGUGAGUACUCAGCCCGCCAACAGUGCAGGGGAGGGCGGUGUGUCCCCUGUGAGCGAAGAUUCGGCAGGUGCCGGGGUCGCGAGAACGGCGUGUACCCCGUCCACCAGGACAAGUGGACGCCCCUCUUCGUCUCCUGCUAUCUGCAGCGUAACAUCGCCCUGGACGAGUGCAUACCCCCUACCCCCAUCUUCUCACCUGAGGCCUUGGACUGUGUCUCUUUGUUCGAGGUCCCCAAACAACAUGGCGGGUUCCUACCAGACUGCAGCACCAGAGCAGACGGCUACUACCCAGACGAGCAGGGGAGGUGCGCCAUCUUCUUCCGGUGUGCGCUGGGCAACUUCCGGGGCUACGACGAGUGUCCCCCGGGCAGCGUCUUUGAUCCAGCGAUACCUUCAUGCCAGCCCUACAGUUUUGCCUCCCGCCCGUGUGGUGAGGGUCAAGCCCCACUGUGUGGGGGCAAGCAGGACGGACUCUAUGCUGACCCCUACGGCCGGUGCACUCACUACUUUGAGUGUAAGAAAGGCGCCUUCCAGCAGUACAGCACGUGCGACCUGGGCGUGUUUGACCCACUGACCCAGAAAUGUGUCAUCUCUAUGGAACUUACCGUCAGACCCUGUGGACUUCAGCCCAGCCCCUGCGAGACGCUACCCUCGGGGGUGUAUCCUGACCAGGCGACAGGGUGCCAGAACUUUAUCGAGUGCCAGAGGGGUGUCAUGCUGACUAAUGGCACCUGUAGUAGGGGAACGGUCUUCAGUGCUUUAACAGGUCGAUGUGACAUCCCGGAGAACGCCCCACCCCCCUGCGGUGUCUCAGCCACUUGUAUUGGCCGUCCAGACGGCCGGUACCCAGCGCUGGGCCGAGGCUGCAGCUACUUCUACGAGUGCUACCAUGGCGAGUUCAUCAGUCUACGGCGCUGUACGGCCAGCGAUGGCGGCUUCUUCUUCAACCCGGCCACGGGAGAGUGCGACUACCCUCAGAACAUCUGCCCGCCCUGCGGCUACAAGUGGUGGGGAUGUGACCGGACGUACCAAAUAUAGACCACGUGACCCGUCUUUCCACCAACACCACGUGACACGCCAUGCCGGACCAGGUCGUGUCAUGACGUAGGACCAACACCCGGGAGUCACGUGACUGUUUGUUCACGCUUAGCUGCUCUUUCCGGUCGUGGAUUCUCCUCCAUCAUCACCUCUGACGUCAUCGCCGGUGACGUCAUUCAUCGUCAUGGUCAACACCGUUUUACUCAUCAUUGACGUCACACGGUCACACCGAGAAAAAAAAUUAUAAUCUGUGUUGAUCAUCUGACCCUAAAGGUCAACGUCCCCACUACCACCAGUUGUAAUUUAUAAUGUAGAGAAAGCUACGUCGACUGUUCACUUGAUGACGGAACCCAUGACGACUAAAUCACAUGACAAAUGACCCAUGACAAUGACCCCUGUAAACUAACCCCCAACAAAUAACCCCCUUCGGUAUUGAAUGUCUGAAUGGACGUUGUAAUCUGACUAUACAUAAUGUACAUUGCUGCUGUAAAUAUAUAAUAUAUCAAUUUGUGUAAUAUAAACGUAACUAUAUCACAGUUUGUAACAUAAUGUGAAAUAGCUAGCUCAAUGUAAAUACACCCGGUAAUGCGCUAAACCGAAUUGUUGCUAUGGCAACGAUGGAAAAGUAUUGGCGCAUUACUCGUUGCUUUAGGCUACACAUGUACAUAAUUGUAGAACACAUCGGCCUAGCCGGGCUGACCACUGGUCAUUUCACAAGACAUGUACAUAGCUUUAGAACACAUAGCACCGGGGUCAUGACCUUGCUGAUGCGGGCUGACCACUGGUCAUCUUCAGCCCACGUGGGUUAGAAGAUUAGUUGUAUAGUAAACUCAGACACCGCUAGAUUAUGUACAUAUAUGACAACGAUUGCAUUGUAUGAACAAUAAAUCUUUAUUUU